AUGUCCCUUAUCAAGAUCGAGACCAAGGCUCAAUUUCACGAUCUUGUCAAAAAGCAAAAAGUAGUCAUCCUCGAUGCCUCAGCACAAUGGUGCGGUCCCUGCAAAGCCAUAAGCCCCAUUUUCCAAAACCUCUGCAACGAAAACGACGGCAAUCAAAAUGUUGCAUUCGCCAAGUUCGACACGGAUGAGGUUCCUGACCUUGCUCUAGAGCUCGGGAUCCGCUCGAUUCCAGCUUUCUUCGUUUACCGCGACGGAGAGCUGGGUGACAGCAUGAGCGGAGCCAAUCCUCCUGGGCUGAUGAAGCUUGUCGCAGAGGCAAUUGAGGCUAGUAAGGCAUAA